CCGCCGCGUGCAUGUCGGUCCGGUGGCGGGCCCGGGCCCGGGCCUGGCGGGUCGUUCAGGCUUGCAGCAAAAAGGACGGCUCAGUGUCCCCCAGGCCCCUGCCUCUGGGCCCGGUGCUCCCGGCGGGAUGGAGAGCCUGGGGCUGCCAGCAGUGACCCUCAGGGAUGGCACCACGGCCUACCUGCAGCAGGCUGCCAGAGGUGAAAAGCUGAUUGAAAGGCAAGUCAUUGAACUUGAAGAUGGGACUACAGCUUAUAUCCAUCAGGUGACAGUUCAGAAAGAGUCUGUGGCUUUGGAAGACGGUCAGCCAGUGGUGCUGGAAGAUGGCAGCAUGGCCUACAUACACAGCACAGCUAAAGAUGGUUUCGAUCCUGGCACCUUCCAGGCCCUGCAGGUGGAGGAUGGCUCCACUGCCUACGUCCACCAUCCUGUCAUUGUGGCACCUGGCAGCACCCUCCUGAAAGUGCAGACAGAAACUGGGCUCGAGGAGUUAGCUAGGGAGGAGGAAGAUGAUGCCUUUGACGUGGAGACCACGAAUGCAUUACAGCAGUACAGUAAGGGGUCUGACAAGGAAGAGGAGGGAGUGACAGACACAUGCCAUAUGAAGAGUAUGGACUCCAGCAACGUCCCUUCUCAGGAUUUGCAGGAGGAGGAGGUGCUCAGCCGCAGGAAGGGGCAGCAGGUCAGCAGCAGAGCUUUCCGCUGUGGGUACAAAGGCUGUGGCCGCCUCUACACCACCGCCCACCACCGCAAGGUACAUGAACGUGCUCACACAGGUGACCGGCCAUAUACGUGUGACUUCCCAAGUUGUGGGAAGGCAUUUGCUACAGGGUAUGGGCUGAAGAGCCACAUGAGAACACACACUGGUGAGAAACCAUACAAGUGUCCAGAAGAUAUGUGCAGCAAAGCCUUCAAAACCUCUGGGGAUCUACAGAAACACAUUCGCACACACACCGGUGAGCGUCCCUUCAAGUGCCCCUUCGUGGGCUGUGGCCGCUCCUUUACCACCUCCAACAUCCGCAAGGUUCACAUCCGGACGCACACGGGCGAGCGGCCGUACAUGUGUCCAGAGCCCGGCUGCGGGAGGGGCUUCACCAGUGCCACCAACUACAAGAACCACAUGAGAAUCCACACAGGAGAGAAGCCAUACCUGUGCACUGUGCCAGGCUGUGGGAAGCGCUUCACGGAGUACUCCAGCCUCUACAAGCACCACGUGGUGCACACUCACUGCAAACCCUACACCUGCAGCAGCUGUGGGAAGACGUACCGCCAGACCUCCACGCUGGCCAUGCACAAGCGCAGCAGCCACAGCGAGCUGGAGGCCACAGAGGAGAGUGAGCAGGCCCUCUAUGAGCAGCAGCAGCUGGAGGCUGCAGCUGCCGACAGAGCCUGCCCACUGAAGAGCCAGCAUAUUGCUUUCCUGUCGGAAAUGGAGGAAGAUGAAGAAGAAGAUGUUGUGCCUACACAGGUCUCGUUUAUCUCGCAGGAUGGAACGGAGCAGGUCAGUCUGUCACAGGAAGAGCUGCAUGCCAUCGGUGUGGUGACACAGAGCAGGGCCCUUGCCGUACCCAGGGAGCUGGCGGGUGACAACACUCGCACCGUGACUGUGGCCAACACUGAUCACACCGAGAUGCAGGGGGUGACCAUAAUUGCUUCUGGGGCAGUCGUGUCAGAGGAAUCUGCCAUUGCCCCACUCUGUCAUCAGCAGGUGGCAUUGCUGGCCACUGCCCAUGGCACCCACAUCACUCUGCAGCUGGAAGAACAGCAGAGCCUGGAAGAAGGCAUCAGCGUGGCUGCAGCAGUAAUCCACUAUGGACCGGUGACACCUGACACAGCCCUAUCUGAGAAAGGGAGCUGAGGCCAAUGGAGCUGCCAGGGCAGGGGGAGAGGCAGCCCCAGCCUGUCGUGGGCAGGGCCAGUGGGUGCUGCAGGCAGGACACGGGGCAGGGAUGGUGUCUGAGCCAGCAUGUGCCCCGUGCGGGCUGGGAGGGCUGACACGGGCAGUGCGGGGCUACUUGAAGCAACCCUGUGCAAAGGGCUCUUCAAGAAGGGAGGGCAAAGAUACUGGACUGCUGCCUUCUCUUGGAGGCUCUGCUGGAGCCUCUUCUGGGCUCUGAGCAGCAGCCCUGUUUUCAGAAAGGCACUUUGUGCCCUCUACCUCUAGGAAUAGUCCAACAGCUCCCCUUUCCUGUCCACCCCUCCAGCUCAGGGACAAGUGGACAGCAGGUGCACGGAAGCAAUAAAGGCCCAUCAAAGCAAGCCCAGGCUGUCCUGGGCUCUGUCAAGGGUGACCAGUUUCUGCCAUUGGAGCCAGCACUCUGACAGCAGUUCUCCCAUCUCUUUGUCACACUCUGCUCUCAAGCAAGCUUCCAUGGCUGACUCCUUGGCUGCGGAGCAGAGCAGCCAACACUUGUCAAGGGCUGAGCUGGACCUGAAUGUAAAUGUUGAGUUGAAAUAUAAACAAGAAUGUUGUUUUUAAAAGCAGCCCCCUUCUCUCUGGUGGAGGCUGGAAAGAGGUGAUCAAUGUUACUGUUUUGCAGCUGUAGGGAUUAAAUAAAUUGAGGAGAUUUGUGGAAUUGAUGGAAUAUGUCCUGCCAAACCAGCGACUGUCCCAGAGGAGGGCAGGGAGCAGGGUGAGCCCCCGGUGUGUGGCUUGGAGGGGGCCAAGAGGUGUCUCUAAAAUCUGAGAUCAGGUUUUGGCUCUUCCAGGAACUCCCUGCAAGCCCAGAUUUACAGAAUUGUGUCUGUGAACGCAUCUUACAGGCCCCUGAUUUGGGGAGAGGGACUUGGGCAGGUGCCCUCAGCCCUUCCACUGCCCUGGGCACUGGGCGGAGAGAGCCAGCACGGGAAGCACCACAGAACUAUUUUGGCUGGAAAAGACCUUUGAGAUCGUUGAGUCCAACUGUAAACCUGAGCCCAGUGCAGGCUCCCGGCAGUCAGGUGGAUCAUUCUCUGGACGUCCCCGAGGAGUUUGCAGAGGAAGAGGUUUCUGCGGGCACGGAACGGGCACAACCCGGGAGGGUGCAGCAUGCUGGGUCUCCCCAUACCUGCGAUGAUGAGACUGAUCCCAAAACAAGGAAAGCUGGAGCCGUUGCAAAACGCAGCCCGUGCUCCCGCUGCGAGGGGAAGCUCUGAUCUCAGUCCCGGGAGGGAAAGCUGCUGCUGGAGCCAGGGAGGAGAUUUCUCUCCCCAGAGCACAAAUGCCGACGAAGCGUUUGAUGUCUG